ACUUGAGUGAGAAUAGAGAGAGAGACAUCAUGACCAAUCUAUCAUUAUACACAAUCACAGCCCUUCUAAUCCUCGAUACCGAAGGUCAACGUGUAUUGACCAAAUACUACUCUCCUCCUCAUUUAGGUAAUCAUGCUAUUCACGGUGUACCCCAUUCCGGGGUACAUACCCAAGGACAGGGACAGGGACAAGGUGGUAUAGCGGGUGAAUUGGGAGUAGGGAGUGGAGGACCUGGGAUGGGUUUGAGUAGUUUGAAAGAACAGAAAACUUUUGAGAAAAGUGUUUUUGAAAAGGUUCGAAGAGGGGGAGGCGAAAUCCAUCCCCUCCCUCCCCACCUGGUCCUCACGCGAACUACCACAGAUCUUCAUUUCAUCCUCGUCGGUCCAUUAGGCACGUCAAACGAACUCAUGCUUCAACUCACCCUCACGGCCUUCCACGACGCUGUUAGCUUACUUCUUCGUGGCCAAAUCGAAAAACGUAACGUUCUCGAAGGUCUAGACUUGGUACUUCUAGCAGCGGACGAGACUAUCGAUGAUGGAAUAAUCCUCGAAACUGACGCUGCCGCCAUAGCAGCUAGAGUAUCACGUCCCAAAGCAGAUACGACGGACAUAGUCAUCAACGAACAAACUAUCAUGAACGCUUAUUCUAAUCUCAAGGAAAGAGUACAACAACGUAUUGGACAGUUGUGAGAAUGUUCACAUGCACGUCAUAUCGAUUUU